AAUUCGUAAUAUAAAAUUUGGGUUUAGUAGUGAAACUGCCAUUUCCCGCGAGAAUAAUUCAACAAAUUCACUCCUCAUUUUCAACUAGGGUUUCGGCGUCUGAGAUUUGCAGAGUUUUUUUUCCGAUUUCCAUUUCCCUGAGAAACUAUCUAACUGGAUGGCGGACUGUAAGAAGAGAAGUGUUUUAUAGCUUGAUUGGCUUACAGUUGGUGGGAAAAGAACGCAAAAGAAACUACUCAUGUUAGCUCUUCAUUGCUUACCGAAAGAUGAGAAGAAUCGAGGAAAGUAUGGACACAACAAAUCCUGCUGUCUUCGUCAAUGCUGAGCUCCUCCGCUUGUACAUGGGAAGGAGAGUUCGAGCUGUGAUUCAGGUUAUCCGCUCUGAUGGCAGUGGCACAGUGAAUGGGAGAUCUACAGAUGACCAGCAGAUAGUUGUGAAAGGCAAUCCACCUGGUCCUCUUACAACGUAUGUUGAGGUCAUAGGUAUCGCUGACAGUAACCAAUCUAUCCGUGCUGAAAUAUGGUCCAACUUUGGGGACACACUAGAUACAUAUAGCUAUAACCGUAUUUGCAUGCUGGCAAAUGGCGAUUACAAGCACUUGUUCAUAUGAGGACUCAAAAAUAAUGACAUGUUUUAGUGGAUCCUAAUAAGUGAUCCAACUCUUUCACCGUCUCCCAUCCUUUAUUUUUAUAUACAUGAGGCCUGUGAAUACUUGUUUAGAGGUUUGUUUUAGUUUGGGAUGCUUGUCAUGUUAUGCUAUGUGUUUCACAAAGUGAACCUGCUGAACUCCAGAACUUGUUUUUA